AGUAAGCUAUUUAAGUGUGUAAUUCACACUAUCAUAUCAAAAUCAACGAUUGAAAAUUAUGCUAUAUUCUAUGUAUUCGGUUAUAUACAAUGAUAUCAACGACUUUCGCAUUAAUUCGAUUGAUGAACGACAGACGGCUAAACAGAUUUGUAUUUGUUCAACAGAACUUGCGCCUAUAUUUCAAGGGACUGAUCCAAUUUACAGUGGAUGGUAUUCAGGAUUAGAUGGGCAGAAGAAUGAACGAGACUAUUGGAUUGUUUAUGUAUUUCAAGCUAUUGGAGCGUUAGUCACUACUAAUAUGAAUGCAGCCAUUCAUUUAUACAUUCAUUUAUACUAUUGCUUUAUGAUACAAAUAGUUCGUGUCGAUGUGAAUAUUCUUGGACAACGUUUUUGUUCAGUUCGAACAAACGGAAGAAUUUCAACAUUUUAUGCUCGUAUUGAAUUGGUUUGGCACAUUCACCAUCGCAUUAACAAGAACUUUGAAUUCAAUGGAAAAAACUUGGAAUGGGCUUACUUUUGUCAAGUUCUGCUCAGCGGUAAUGUUAUUUUUUUUGUUUAUGUUUUUGUAAUGCAGGGAUCUGUUACAGAGGAGCCAUUAUCUUUAUGGGACAUUUUAGCGCACAUCACAUAAUACAUAUUUUUCUCAUGUGUGAAUUCGGCCAUGUAGCUAUAUCGGAAUAUGUCUCACUUUCUCAGCGACUUUACAAUUCCGAUUGGAUUGACAUGACUUUAGUGUGCAAUCGAAACAAUUCCAAAGAUUUGCAAACAUUUUUUGUUUUUCUCAUGG